CACCGGGCCGGGGGAAUAAUCUAGCAAAAGACGUGGCCUGUGCGCUGUGCAGUGCGUGAUUAGGCGGGAAGCAGUGCGUAAACGUGCCUGAGCGCACGGUGAAUGCUUUGUCUUCCCUGAGCCGGUAGCUUCUUACCGUAUCCUGGACUGGAGUUGUGCUGGAGUUUGGCGAUCGAUUGGAGGUUCCGCCUGGCCAACGGAUAUCUCUCCAUGCGGCGAGGAAACAACCGAUGGCAGUUUGACCGACAAGAAAAUCUGGUCAAAUGUUAUGCGAUGUGAACGACUUCGCUGCUGUUGUUGCUGCUCUUUCUCACCACUGCCAUCAGUUACCGUCGCAUAGUCCGCGGUGCUGCCCAGCCUGCAGCCAUGCAGCUACUCAUCUACGCUACACAAACACGGUAGAUCUAGUACCGGUAGUAGUACCUGCACGUGCCACGAAGAUAUUCAGUUUUUUUAUUUCACUCGUCCGAAUAGUGUUCACUUGCUUUGUCCUUAUCAUCUUAUGCUACUGUAGACCAUUGCCUUCAACAAACCAACGUUUUAGCGACCGCAUUCAUCACUUCCCACUGCCUAAACGCUUUGCCUCAGCGCUAUAGCAUGAGUUUACCGAUCACGUCAACCCAGGUGCAGGUGCAGUUGCAACUCCGAAAGGGAUUUUUAUUUUGAUGGACAGCAACUCCAACCUUGGUGUUUGUGAUGCCCCGAUAUUGUGGUGUCUCUGCCGCGCUGCCCUCUGCUCGAACGCUCCUGAUAGCAUCUGUAGCGAUCGCUACGUUCCUGGUGUACUCGUCGCACUAUGCGCUAAUACUCGGAACGACACGCCAACAGCAGGUGAACAGAGAACUCGAUGUGCCGGAGCAGCGACGUCAAAUCUCCUCUCCUGUCGACUCGUCACUGUUCGUCGGCAACGAGGAGCAGCGGAAGCAGCAAUGUCGCUGCGAGAAAGAGUGCAAGCGCUGCUUGAAGCGCGCGUACUCCGCUGCAGCCGAGCGCACGAGUCAGGACAAUGAAGACGGCGGCGGCGAGCAGGAAAGCGAAAACGGAGCACGUGCCCCAGACGCAGAUCCUGGCGGCGGUAGCGAUGCGGACGCCACCAGCACGACGAGUGCCAGGUGCGAGGCUGCAAAAAUGUCCGUCAACGGAGAGUACCAGCAAUCGGUGUACAUUCUGAAGAGGUCUGGCAGUGCAGGUGCAGGAAGAAAGGAGGCAGCAGCAGCAGCCACUGGUACUGGCAAACACAACAAAGACACGAUCCUGUGGCCGUUCUCAUUCAUCAAGAAGUACUGUGACAUCCCGGGCAUGAUACAGGCUGAGACGACUGGCGACGGCGGUGGUGGUGACGGCGGCUUUGUGUUUGAGCACUCGCACGGCCGCCUGUACCACCCGACGGCGGCCGCGCCGUACCGUGCCACCGGGCCCUACAUCACGUUUGAGAAUUCGUCGGUGGAGACGCGCGGCCAGGUGCAGUGCAUCGACGGCGCGGAGUCGGUGCCGCGCUCGCAGCGCGACGACCGCGUCAACUCCUACUUCUACCCGACGCAGAUCGCCCAGUUCGGCCUGAAGCACUACAGCCGGCUGAAGAGCCAGGGCGAGAUCAGGUCCUGGCUGCUGCUGGAUGACGGCAAGGGUUCGGGCAAGAAGCGGUGGAUCGGCUCCAGUAAGGUCUCCUAUGCGGAUGGCACGAUGCGCUUCCGAACGGCGGGGUUUAGCACGGAAGACACUGGACAUGAAGACCGAUUACACAUGGACACGAAAUCCAUGAAGCCCACCGACAAAUCGUCUCCUUACCACCCGAGCAUUCUGAUGGCGCAAGUCCAGCUCGGUGAGCAGGCGGCAAUCACCGUUCGGCUGAGAGUCCUGUUCUACAAUCAAAAGACGAUGCCGUCGACCGUUCACACGCUGCACUACGUCAGCAAAUCGGCUGUGCCGCACAUUUCCAAGCCGAUUCACUGCGACAAGGCCAGCCGGGAGGUCUACCAUCACCUAGGCGACGACAGCGGCCAGUGGAGGACGGUGGUCAGAGACCUGGCCGUGGACGUGAUGAAGGGCAUAGCCAUGUGCCAGGGCGUCAAGCGCAAGUCGAGCCUCGCCGACUUCAUCACCUCGGUGCACGUUCAGUCGGUGCAACUUCACGGCACGGGGUCGCUACGGCAACUCAGCCUGAACAGUUCGGCUCACGAGCGCAUGUUCAUGAGCGCUGCGGGCUGGUUCGUGCGCAAUCAGGAUGCGCACGGCGGCUGGCCUAUCCCCGUCAAGAGGCAGAUGUCCCGCGGCAUGUCGCCCCUGCAGCCUGGCUGGAAGUCUGCAAUGGCUCAGGGUCAGGCCAUCUCACUGCUGGUGCGCGCGUAUGACCACACGCACAAAGAGGAGUUCCUGGACGCUGCGGCAAAGGCCAUCGAGCCGUUCAAGCAUCUGUCCAAGGACGGCGGUGUGCGCGCCGUGUUCAUGGACCAGUACGUAUGGUACGAGGAAUACCCGACCAGUCCCGCUCUGUUCGUGCUGAACGGCUUCAUCUCGUCGAUGCUAGGCCUUUACGAUCUCGCCGAGGUGAUGAAGGAUGCUCGCGGACAGCAGGCGGCCGUGGCAGCCCAGCGACUGUUCGAUGCCGGAUUCAAAUCCCUGCACGCGCUCCUGCCGCUGUACGACACCGGCUCCGGUUCCAUCUACGACCUGCGGCACUUCAUGACGAGGCAGGCGCCGAACGUCGUGCGUGCCGAAUAUCACGUCACGCACAUCAACCAGCUGGCCACGCUCACCAGCAUCUUCCCGGACGACGAGCAGCUGAAGACGUUCUACCAGCGGUGGCUUGGCUACCACAACGGGCACCGUGUGUCUCGCAAUUAACCGUUAGAGCACGCCGCUGUGUGUGCAAAAAAGAGAGGCCACACCCUGUGGACCUGUUGCUAUUGGACUGCUCCCGUAGGAUGAUGGUGCGAUUCCAAUUGGGUAUGGAUGCCUUGAAUGCCCUGGACAUCAUCACCUGCCUGGUUAUAUCUUGUACAGACUACAAACAUCAUCACCUAUCCAGAGAUCGUGUGCGGACGUCGACGCCAAUCAUGGUUGAUACACUGGUCAGACGUCACCGCCAGAUCAUCAGUACAGACAUCGACACCGGCUCGCACACAUUGUACCCCGUACAGACCCCACGUCACCUGUGCGGACGUCGUCGCGUGCAGCUUUAAAGGACCGGACACUGCUGCUCUCGAGCGUACUGCGUUACGUAUACCCAUGUGCGAGGUUGGCAUCUGCAUGCCAACUAACUUGAACUUUUUUUAUUUUAUUUUUUUAGGAAACGGACCGACAUGAUUAUAAUUAUUAUGCAUGAAAUGGACUCCGUCCUAUUUUGAGCAGCUCAGAUACGCAGACCAAUACUGAACAGUGCACUAUUAUUAAUAAUAAUUAUAAUAAUAUCUAGGGUCGUAGACUUGAUCGUGACACUAUUCUUAUCAACAGAUGAUGAUGAUGCCGUGCAAAGCAGUUCAGAUCCGAGAAUCGCGGAGUGAUUCCCUGACUGGUUUCGGUCUCCUGCUCUAUAGUCGCAAAACUGAUAAUCAUUAUUAUCAUGAUGGACACCGGAUACACACCACUAGUAUUGGAUUACACCCGCUUUAUUCUAUACGCCAACUACUAGUACAUACUACCCUACAACUCGGCCCACAUGUGACCAUGACCAUGCUCUUAUGUACAAAGUGACUCGUUCUAUGAUUGUAUUUUAUCCCGCCGUUCCGCUCUGAUAGACCGACUACGUGUGUCAUCAAGAGUACAUAACCGCCAGGGUAAUAUGUACUCUUGAUGUCAUGCCCAUGUGUGACCCUGACCCUGACCAUGCUGUUAUUAUAUGAAGUGACUCUGGUUCUAUGAUUUUUUUAUCCUGCUGUUCCGCUCUAACAGACUGACUCUGCUUGCUAUGUGUGCCACUGGUGUCCUUGAGUAGGUCUUCCGUACU